AUGGCCAAAUCUACGGCACCAAGAAUGAAGGAGGCAAUCGAGCGAUACCAGAACUCGCACGAAGCCUGGCGCAUGACAAAGCAGCGACUCGAUGAGCUCGUCAAGAUAGUCAACGCCUAUCCAUCGUUCAAUGCGGCAGUCACUGCUGUUGCCGACACUACUUGGCCCAAGAUCGACCAAGUCAAGGCCGUGUACGUCUUGUGCGGCGGCAAAUUACGCGAGUCAUACGAGGAAGCGUUGGUGGACGCGAAACUAGACGCAAUGAUCGAUAGCGACAACGAGCGUGCAUAUGACCCAUAG